AUGCUAUGUCUGGUGCUAGCGUACGCCCUGCCUUUCACCAAGUCGCUUAACGGGGUCUUCAUGGACUUCGACGGCAUCGUGCAAAGACUGCCUUGGGGCGCAAUCAUCACCGUCGCCGGAAGCGACGCCAUUAUGCUCAUCAUCAAGGUGAGCGGCUUCACCCAGUGGCUGUCGACGCAGCUGCAACGGUACGCGCCCAGUCAGCUGGUGAUGCAGUGCGUCCUGGCCCUCUGCUCGUCGCUGCUUACCGAGCUGGUCAGCAACACCUCGGCCGUCUCCGUCCUUCUCCCGGUCGCCGUCGACAUUGCAGUGACAACACCGUGCAACCCGCUUUACUUCGCCAUACCGGUGACGGUGGCCGCCUCCACGUCCCUCGUGCUGCCCACCUCGGGCGUCAGCCUUGCCGUGCUCACCAACCUCAUUGACAUAGGACCCGUGCAGCUGUUGCUCAUGGGGUUGACUCUGAAGUCCAUCGCUCUGCUCAUGAUCCUGCUCACGGUAAACCUCAACGCCGAAUAUCACCGACUGCCACACUGGAUAUUCACCGAGCGCCGGAACCACACGCUCAGCACUAUGUUCUAGAAGUCAUGUGACACCUGCCACGCGUGUUCAACUGUUCUUUUGGCACUCUUUCUUUUUUAACUCAUAUGCGCGCGACAUCUUUGUGUUUAGG